AUGAUUAAACACACAUACACAUACACGGACACAUACACGGACACAUACACAUACACAUACACACAUACACAUACAUACACACACACACGUACACACGCACACACAACACACAUAUAUACGGACCUACAAACAGAUGCACAAAUACAUGGAUAUACAUAA